AUCACUCUGGAUCUAAUUUAUUGGCCUACAACUUCACCGAGCCGACUAGCAUCCCUUUCCACUGCGCAUUUUUCGAACAAAGAAGACGACUACAGGAUCGAAGACGCUUUCCGUGGUGAACUGGUUGUCCCAUACCUUCUGUCUGAUAUGUGUGGAACCAAACCAGGUCUUUUUCGGUUCCAGCCUCCCCCUCGAAUACAUAGGAGUAGGCUAGGCGUGGAGAGCUUUUUGCGGGGAAACUUGCAAGUACAGUUUGGGGGGAGGCGGGCGUCGACCCAACCUUAUGAGUAUUCGGACUAUAACAGUUCCGAUGAACAGUCACUCACUUUUGACAGUUAUACGAUUCCAGAAGAUGAGCCAGAAUUGGGUCAGUCACAGUGGUUGUACCGGCCUCAUUUACGUAUUAUUGUAACAUCUGCUGAUGUACCUCAUAGUUGGGCUGUACCUUCCUUAGGUGUCAAAUGUGAUGCUGUACCUGGUCGUUUAAAUCAGACCUCUAUUUCGGUACAACGAGAAGGAGUUUACUAUGGUCAGUGCAGUGAGAUUUGUGGAACUAAUCAUGCCUUUAUGCCUAUCGUCGUAGAAGCUGUUGAUAGGAAAGAUUAUGCUUCUCGGGUAUCCAAUCAAUUAAUCGCAGAAACCGCGAAAGCU